UUACUCAUAAACUGAAAGAAGUUGAGAAUUUUAUUUAUUUUGGUGUAGAAACUGUUGAGUAUAAUUCUGUUAUUAGCUUACCUAAUGCCAAAAUGCAGAUGAUGAAACUUAUUAAGUUCUCACAGACUGAUAAAUUGGUUAUUGAGACAACUGAUAUUGAAUAUAUAAAAACCUUGAAUUACAAUGUUUUUAGAAGUUCAUCCUUAAUGAUGCCCAGAUCUCAAUUAAUUAUUGAUAUUGUUGUGAAUAAUGUUAAAUCUACUACCACUCAAACACUACUAAAGUAUAUUAAAUCUGCAACUUAUUUGAAAACUAAUUUGAUAACUAAUUCUUCACAUGAAGAAGAAAAGCUGCCUUAUCCAGUUUGUAUUGAUUCAGAUGAUAAUGAACAAUUAAAUGAUAUUAUUGAUAAAUUAAUUAAUACUAAAGAUAUAGAAAAUAAUGAUGAAGAUGAAGAAAACUCACAGUUCAAGAAAUGA